CUAUGACGUGUUCGUUUCUGUUCACUUCAGACGUGCCAUGGCGGACUUGUCACACACCUGGCGUUCAGAGCUGUCACAACUGCCGCAAGACUUCCAGGAUCGGAUUCGACGAGUCGCACAGAUCCAAUGGGGAGGGAAAACCGUGGGAGCUUAUCCGGAAUUCCUUCAAGUUGUGAACGCCCUCAACCGCCUUCGUCUACGACAAGCUCACCAGAAGUCCGUGACCCAGUGGCUUCAAUCUCUUCUGCUGGACCGGCGCUUCGCGGAGCUUUGUGAGCCCUUCCCGGAAGACCUGGCGCGGCAAAUUCAUCAGUGCCUCUCCACACUGGAGGUACCCCAAGAUCAGAUGACCAUAGCCGUGGUCGCUCAGAACGGCGAGGGCUGCGAUUUUAUUGAUGUGAGCAGUGGUGCAACAGCUGCUGAGGUCAUUGAGGUCCUGGCCCGAGAGGAAAGCAGGUGUCCAUCUGAGUAUGAAGCGCUGCAGAUCGAUGAGAUGCGCUCCAUCGAUGAGUCAACACUGAUUGAAGUGCGGCGCCGUGACGGAUUUAACUACCACAAUGACAUUUGCUCUUGGCCUAAUUGCGCAUUGAAGGACCAGCUACUGGGCUUCGUCCGCGAUGUAGCUCGCCGCCGGUUGGAAGGCACAGCAGACGGCACAUGGGCAAGCACACGUGAGUUUGCCAUUAUUGUGCGCGCCUUCACCAAGAUCUUGGAGAUUCCACGGGCACGCAGCGGACAGAAGCAGUUGGAGCGACUUCUUCAGAUCUAUGAAGGGCUACUGCAAGUUCUGAGACAAUGUGCUUUGGCCGCCUCACCUCAAGAGCUGCUGAAGUAUGUUGAGGGUCACUACCCGGACGAUGUGAUUGAUGCAAAAGGCGAAUUGAUGGGCUUGAUCACCUGAGCAGUUGUUGAAAUGUGUGUUUUGUCGCCAACAAAAAUGCGAGAGCACACUCCGCCUGGUUAUUAGAUGUUAUUAAACAGUUUGGUCAUGAUCACAUAGUCAUUAGGUCCAUACCAGAGGAGUAUUGUUGACACACAUUGUGCCACCUCUACAGGUGAAAGUUUCACCUCGUAGAGUCUCGUAUUGAGACGUGCCAAAUCCAAAGAGUUUCCAACAGCUUGUCAAGCUCUUCGAGGGUCACUUUUUUCGAUCAAGUUGGUGAUCAGAAUCUUCACUCUUACAUCACAUGACUCAAGACUCUUCUUGUCUUGGAGAAAAUCCAAGUGCAGAGGGUUCCGUGGCGUUGAAAAACACGUGGCGC